AUGAUGGCAAAAGCGUUUUUGGUAUUCAUAUUGGCAUAUUUUCUUUACUAUUUGACCUCUCAUAUUACAAAUUUCUGGCCGGUACACACUAUUGUUGAGCAACCAGGACACAAUGAGAUAUGGAAGGCCCGAAAAGAUGAAGUUCGUAAAGUGUUUCACGAGUCAUGGGUGGAUUAUGUAAAGCACGGUUGGGGGAAGGAUGUGUAUCAUCCUGUCUCUCAAACUGCAGAGAAUAUGGGUCAAAAUCCUUUGGGCUGGAUUAUCGUUGACAGUCUUGAUACUUUGCACUUGAUGAACUUGAGUAAAGAACUAACGCGUGCCAGUGAUUGGAUUAAACAUGAACUCGACUACGACUUUGAUUAUGAGGUCAAUGUAUUUGAAACAACGAUUCGAAUGCUAGGGGGCUUCCUAUCAGCUUUUCAUCUCACCAAAGACAAUUUGUAUCUGGACAAGGCAGUAGACUUGGCAGACAGACUUAUUGGCAGUUUUGAAUCGAACUCUGGGAUCCCAUAUGCGUCUGUCAACUUGAAAACUGGCAAAGGUGUUCGGUCACAUGUUGAUAUGGGCUCCAGCUCAACUGCUGAAGUGGCAACACUCCAACUAGAGUUCAAGUAUCUUUCUCAAUUAACUGGGAAUAGCAUUUAUUGGAAAAAGGUUGAACACAUUAUAGCUGUUUUGGAUUCCAACCAUCCCACGGAUGGACUGGUGCCUAUUUAUGUUCAACCGGAUACUGGCUCAUAUUGGGGUAAUCUGAUCAGGUUGGGGUCCAGGGGUGACUCCUAUUACGAAUAUCUUAUCAAGCAAUAUCUGCAAACGAAUGAGACUGUCUACAAAGAAAUGUACGAUGAGGCUAUACGAGGAGUGAAGAAACAUUUGGUACGGAAGUCAAUCCCAAGUAGAUUAACAUUUAUCGGUGAAUUACCUAAUGGUAUCAAUGGUGAGUUUUCUAAUAAGAUGGACCAUCUUGUUUGUUUCCUUGGUGGAACUUUAGCAGUUGGAGCCACCAAUGGACUAACCAUCAAUGAAGCUCGUCAAUCUGACUUUUGGAACCCUGAAAGGGAAUUCCAGUUUUCACUUGGUAAAGAGCUUACCCAAACGUGCUACAAAAUGUAUCACGACGUUUCAGCAACUGGUUUGGCGCCAGAAAUUGUGGUAUUCAAUACUGAUAGAAAAGUCCAGCAUGAUUUUUACAUUAAGCCUGCGGAUAAACACAACUUGCAAAGACCGGAGACUGUGGAAUCCUUAUUUUAUAUGUACAAAAUCACCAGAGAUCCAAUGUAUCGUGACUGGGGCUAUAAAAUUUUCAAGAACUUUGUCAAGCAUACACGCGUAACCAGCGGCGGAAGAAACAACAAUGUUCGUUACUCUUGUUUGCAAGAUGUCACAGCAACUAUCCCUAAAUAUAGAGACAACUUGGAAUCAUUCUGGUUUGCAGAAACAUUAAAAUACCUCUAUUUGCUCUUCGAUGAUGAUGUGGCUGAACAAUGGGAUCUCAAUAAGGUUGUAUUUAAUACUGAAGCACACCCUUUUCCAAGAUUCUUCCAAAACCUAAAGUUCAAAACUGGCUGGGAGAGAGUUAAGCCUACAUCACCUUUAUCAUCGUAG